CUCUCACUCUGCACUCAUACACUCUCACACUGCACGUGUACACUCUCACUCUAUCCAUUCUGCUGUCACAUAGACCCACACACAGAUGUGACUGUGUUCACGCUCACCAUUCCUGAUAUCGUCAAUAUUGCUGUGUUUGCUGGCCGUCGGUAUCAAGCCGAAGACAUGAGGAGACGCCCGUGUGCUUGGGUGUGGUGCCUCCUGGCUCUGCUGCUCGCUCUCAGGCUCAGCCUGGAAGUGACGCUCAACACCUGCCCGGGUGCCGAAUGGAGCAUCCUGUGCCACGGCUGCUGUGAGGAGGGCAGGAUCGAGUGCGUGUGUCCCGGCACCGGAGAUCCGACCGGCUACUCCGUGCCCUGUUGCCGCAACGACGAGGACGUGUGCGACCCCUGCAUCAUUCACCCAGGCUGCAGCAUUUAUGAGAACUGCAGGACGUGCCUCAACGGAUCCUGGGGGACCUUCGACACGUUCUACGUGAAGGGCGACUACUGUGGCGUGUGCGGGGAUGGAUGGUCGGGUGGAAACUGCAUGCAAUGCGGAGGUGUUAUUAACGGCACCAAGGGCACUAUAAGCCUCCAGGGCUACCCGACCAAUGCCCACUGCGAGUGGGUCAUCAACGUGCGGCCGGGACACGUGGUCGAGUUACGGUUCGCCAUGCUGAGCCUGGAGCAUGACUACGCGUGCCAGUACGAUGUGCUGGAGGUGCGCGACGGGGACAACGUCGACUCGCCCGUCAUCGGCCGCUUCUGCGGGAACAACCGCCCGGCGCCGACCCGCUCCUUGGGCUCCUCGCUGCACCUCCUCUUCCAGGCGGACGGCUUCAAGAGCUUCGACGGCUUCUCGAUCGUCUUCUCCGAGGUUGCCAAGAGUCAAGCGUGUUUGUCCUCGCCCUGCCAGAAUGAUGGGACGUGUGUUCUGGACAACUCGACACUCUUCAAAUGCUUCUGUCUGGCGGGAUACACGGGCUCAUUCUGUGAGAGAGUGGUGAUGUGCGGACGACCCAAGCUUCCGCGAAAUCUGAAGAUCGAAGGGGAGGACUUUGGCCUUGGGGACCGGGUGUUCUUCAGCUGUGACGGAGGCUUCGUUCUCCAGGGCAACAUCUCAGCCGUGUGUCAGCUCGAUGGGACCUGGGACAUCCCCACUCCGUCUUGCGUGGAGGAGGAGAGGCUUUGCCCAGAGCCGCGGCUUCCCCGCAACGGGCAGAUCGACCGCAACGCGAGCGCGCCGGCCGAGGAGCGCGGCACCGGUGGCGCCGGCGGCUACCGGGCGGGCAGCACCCUGCAAGUGGCGUGCCGGCCCCCUUACGUGCGGCAGGGCCGAGGCGGGUGGCUGACCUGCGGGGCCAACGGGGCGUGGACGGGCCGCCCGGCCGCCUGCGUCAAAGCUUGCAGGCUCCCACACGUCCCACCUCCAAUGACGUUUGUUCUGAUGAAGCCGAGACCGACCAAACAGAGGACCACACCGGUGCAGAGAGUUCUCUUUCCGAAGAAGGGGGCUAAGAAGGUGGUGCUGGAGCCAGAGGCGGCGGCGGCGCCGGCGGCGGCGGCGGCGGCGUCUGCGGGCGCCAACGAGAGCGCGCUGGCCCCCGGCUUCUACCCGGUGCACGCGCGGCUCGAGUUCCGCUGCCCCGCCGCUUGGUACCAGCAGACGGGCAGCGCGCGGCGCACGUGCCUCCGAACGGGCCGCUGGAGCGGGCAGGCGGCUCGUUGCGUGCCCGUCUGCGGCAGGGCAGACGGCUGGAACAUCUCGGGGACCCCGUGGCCCUGGAAGGCCGCCGUCUACCGGCAGGUGCGGACACCUACGGGCGGCGGCCGAAACACCAACAGCAGCGGCGGCGGCGGCAACAACAAUGGUGGCAGCGGAGGAAGAGGCGGGGGAGUCGGAGCGGGCACGGGGGCGCGGGCCGACGGCGCCUGGCUGCUGGUUUGCGCCGCGGCGCUGGUGAGCGAGCGAUCGCUCGUGUCGACGGCGCACUGCGUCACGCACUUCGGCACGUCCACGCCGCUCAAGCGCACCGAGGUGCGCGUCGUGCUGGGCGGCGGCCACGGCGGCGAUGGAAAGGCCGAGCAGAUCGCCAAGGUCUCCAACAUCCUUGUGCACCGCGCCUACGACCCCGUGCUGCUGGACGGCGACCUGGCCGUGAUCCGCCUCUCGGGCAGCGCUGACCUGUCGGAUCGUGUGCAGCCCGUGUGCCUCCCUCCUGACCGCUCGUCCACCGCCACAACCCCGGCGGCGUCACCGUCCUCCUCCUCCUCCUCCUCCUCCUCCUCCUCCGGCGCCGCCUUCGUCUCCGGGUGGCGCCUCUCCUCCAACGGCUCGGGGCCGGCCACGGACGCGGGCCGCCCGCUCUCCGCGCAGAUCUCCAUCAUGGGCACGGCGCAGUGCGAGCGCGAGCUGGAGGCGCGCGGCGCCGCCGUGCCCGUUACCGCCAGGAUGUUCUGCGCGCCGGCGCUGCCCGUCGGCUCGGGCGAAGCGUCGUGGUGCCCGGCCGAGACCGGAGGGAUCGCGGCGACCGCGACGCGAGGCGCGGGAGGGCGGCCUGGUGGCCCCUGGCACCUGCUGGGGCUUGUGAGCUGGGGCCACUCUGGCGGGUGCCAGGGCAGAGCCGGCUUGCCCACAGGGUACACCAACGUGUCGGCCUUCACGGACUGGCUGCGGAAGGUUAUUAAGUAAGAGGGCGGGGCUUGCCCGGCGUAGCUGGGGCCCUCGUAGCGCCCGUCGUGGACUCACGGCGAUGCCGCAGGUGGCGCCGUUGUUACGGCGAUUGGCUCGCGAUCGGGGGAGUUGUAAGCCGAAAUCCUGGUCAGGGGUCGACUUCAGCUCAAUCGUCACUUUGGAGGAAAUCAAAUAUAUGUACAGCUUCCUGGGAGGUUGGUGGUGUUCGUCCCAUGGAGAGACUGGCCCCUGCCAUGGGAGUGUGCCGUUUCCACUGCUCAAGCAAGGCCGCUAAUUGAGAUGAGCACCGCUCCAUUGUUCAAGUGAAGACAGAGACAACCUGGCUUGGCACUGUCAUCAAGGAAUUGGCCAAUUUCAGGGAUGCUUCUGAAAAUGAAUGGAGACUUAGCGUAGCUUUCCGAGAUAAAUAAACGGUUUAUUUAAAUAGGACAUGUUGCCAAUGUUGCUGAUGCUUUGUGUUUGAAUCGAGGCUCCAGCCACCAUGCUCUCAAGGAUGGUGCUUUGAUGAUUUCAUACCGGUUCCCAAUGACUCCAAAAAAAACCUUUGUAAAAAAAAGUUGGGUUUUCAGUCAAUUGAGGAUGCAAUGAGCGUGAGACCUCUACAGUUUGGCUGCUUAACGUGUGCCCAACCACUCUGUGCACAGCCACAUCUCAUGUUGGGUGAGAGGGCCUUUCCACAGUCACUCGAGCUUGUAAUGCCUGCUACUCACAGGAGUUCUGGAACCGAGGUUUUGUUUGUCACCUCGUAAAAUGAUGCCUCCGCACCAGAGCGAUCGAUCGAUUCCGUCCUUCCGGCAGAUUCGAAAGCCGUCGCGCAGUUGACGCCCGAAAUUCCGCCACAGCGGAAUCCCAACCACCUUGGCUUAGGGUAUUCUUCCUCUUGGUCACCGAACUCUGGCUGCCACUCCCGAACUCCCGCCUCGGGUCAUCUGCCCUCCUCCAAUCCUGCACAAUUGCCUUAACUCACACUCACCACCUCGUGCUGGAUAAAUAUACCAGCACUUUCUUCGCCACAUUUUCAUUCCGAGGUUGCAAGGUGUUAACAUAAUCUCCGCCAUGAAAUGAAUAGCAUACCGCCAACUGGAUCCCGAUUCACAAUGGCAGAGGCUUCGCCUUCAGUUUUUUCAUAGUUGAUGUCUAGCCCUCCCGAGUCAACUUUUGAGCGACAUGCAAUCCCCGUGCCACCGGCAUAUGCGUUGCGGGCGCGUCUUGUAAAUAUCUGCUGUAAAUACCAUUGUAUAAAAUGUUCACAUUCAAGUGUACAGUCGUAUUUUCCCGCAUCUGAAUUAAAUGCCAGUUGCUCCAAUGUAAAUGUGUUUGUCGAAUGAAAUGAAUGCCUAAUAAUCUUAAGAGUGAAAUACAGUCAUCCCUUGUUAAACGGAAACUCAGUACAUGAAAUUUCUCGACAACGUAAAUUAUAAAUUAGGGAACGGAUUUGAUAGGCCUUGCGUUAAAUUUGCAUUCACGGAAUUUUGAAUCUCUAAAUUGUAAUCUUUUGGAGGUCAUAUUUAAACAAUACACAUUUCAUCACAGUUUCUGGUAAGUACAGUAGAUAAUUUGUAUUUCUCGACUUAUUUUGAGUCUUGUUAACAAUAUUUUAUAGUAACAUUAUCGAUUUUCCAUUAAAUGUGCUUAA